AAAGAGUUAUCACUAUAGGCAGUGAAGAAGUUUUGGUCAACCGGUUGGUCAGUUUUGGAAAUUCUGCAGAGUACCUCAGUGUCCCACGCGCACUGCCGCGAUGCUGUUGUUCAGCAGCACUCUGUUUCUUCUGGCGGUUUUCUCCUUCAGUAUAGAGGCAAAAUCUGAGGGGGGUGGUUGCUCAGGGUCAUCAUGUGGAAAGUGUGACUGCAAUGGUGUCAAAGGGCUUAAGGGUGAGAGGGGAUUUCCUGGCUUGCAAGGCAACAUGGGAUUUCCUGGGAUGCAAGGACAUGAAGGCCCUCCUGGUCCCAUGGGACCUCAUGGCGAUAAUGGCGGGACUGGAGCUCCUGGAACGAAAGGAACACGUGGACCUCCAGGGCUGCCAGGUUUUCCCGGAAACCCAGGAUUACCUGGUAUUCCAGGGCAGGAUGGCCCCCCCGGGCCUCAUGGUAUCCCAGGAUGCAACGGAACAAAGGGAGAUCCCGGUUUGCAUGGAAUCCCGGGUGUUCCAGGCCUCCAAGGUCCCCCUGGUAUACCAGGACUACUCGGCAUGAAGGGCGACCCAGGCGGUAUCAUUGGUGGGAUCAUCCCUCAGAAAGGUGAACCAGGAAGACAUGGACCCUCAGGACAGCCUGGAUUCAAAGGAAUUCCAGGCAUACCAGGACAACAGGGGCCCCAAGGGCCAUCAGGACAGAGAGGUAACCCAGGUCUACCUGGCCCGAAGGGAGAUCAGGGUGACAGGCUGUCUUUCCAGAGUGAGAAGGGACAGAAGGGUGACCAGGGGCUUAGAGGCCCUCCUGGGCCACCAGGGCCGGGACAGGAGCAAACGUCCACCACUACCAUCACCAUCCCUGGACCUCCGGGAGGCAGAGGUGCUCUGGGAGAAAAAGGCGAGAAAGGUUUUUGUAUCCCAUAUGCCAAUGAUGUUAAAGGAGCACAAGGUCCUCCUGGACCCAUAGGUAAACCAGGAAAAGACGGUUUCCCUGGACUGAAGGGAGAGUCAGGCUUCUCUGGCAACCCUGGAUCAAAUGGCAUAACGGGCGAGAAAGGAGAGAGAGGACCCCCAGGAUUUGGUGAUGGCCCACCUGGUCCCACUGGCCCGCCUGGAAUUCCUGGACCGGAAGGAGAGAGAGGAUUCCCUGGUCUACAAGGAGAUGCUGGACCACCUGGCCGGGCUGUCGAGGGCCCUCAAGGGGAGAGGGGUCUCCCAGGAGAGAUUGGACAGAAGGGAGAUAGAGGCGCUGAUGGAUUGUCACUUCCUGGGCUACAGGGUCAAGAUGGCGUUAAUGGCCCACCCGGUCCACCUGGACCUUUAAGUGGCCCCUGUAAUGUGCCACGUGGUAACCCUGGCCCUCCCGGGAAACUAGGACUUCAGGGAGAAGUGGGACAGAAAGGUGACAAAGGAGACACCUGUUUUGAGUGCUCUGCUAUUGAACGACCUGGAUUGCCGGGUCCUGCUGGACCAAAAGGAAACCAAGGAUAUCCUGGUCCUGCUGGUUCUAAAGGAGAGAAAGGUCUAUCUGGAACUCCUGGUGGCCAGGGAGACCCAGGUCGAGAGGGCUCCCCAGGUUUGAUGGGUUCUCCAGGUGCCGUCGGUUCUCCAGGGGACAUUUACGUGGCCCCUGGGCUGAAGGGAGAUAAGGGCUUAUCUGGCCAUGAGGGCAGCACAGGUUUGCCUGGCCUGGAUGGGCAUCCAGGAAGAGAUGGAAUAUCAGGUUUACCUGGGCCCAAAGGAGAGCCGGCCAAAGUGGGAAUUAAAGGUGAUCGUGGUCGAGAUGGUGAUCAAGGUCUGUCUGGACCCCCCGGAGAGCGAGGACCUCCCGGUAUCCCAGGGUAUGGCCGUCCAGGUUUAGCGGGAGAGAAGGGUAGCUCUGGGACACCAGGUGUGCCAGGAAAUCCUGGAGUACCAGGACCUAAAGGUGAUGCUGGAAAAGGUGUGAGCUCACCUGGACCACAUGGUACACCUGGACCACGAGGUGAAGACGGUAGACCUGGCAUUCAAGGUGACAGAGGAGCUCAAGGUACCCCUGGAAUACCAGGAUAUCAAGGACUGAAGGGUGAACCAGGCAUGCCUGGCAUUGGACUUCCUGGUCCACCUGGACCUAAAGGAUAUUCUGGAACACCAGGAGCACCAGGAAUUCCAGGAGAAUCUGGUCGUCCAGGACGGGAUGGUAACCCAGGAUUACCAGGGUUUGGUGGGCCAAAGGGUGAGCCAGGACGGGGUCUUCCAGGGCCUAAAGGAUCCAUGGGUCAAACAGGAAUUGCAGGGUUUCCAGGGCUAAAGGGAAGCAUGGGCCAACCAGGUAUCCCAGGCACUGAAGGGCGAACUGGGCUACCCGGGACACAAGGAAUCAAAGGUGAUGCUGGACCCCAAGGUCAACAAGGUACUGAGGGACCACCCGGACCUCCAGGAUUCGGAGAAUCAGGUGCACCUGGCCCUAUGGGACCUCCUGGGGAUCCCGGAACAUAUGGCUCAGCCGGUGAGAAAGGAGAGAAAGGUUACCCAGGUGGCCCUGGUCUGGACAUGCCAGGGCCUCAGGGAGAGAAGGGGACUCCUGGCUUCCCAGGAGUGCCAGGUCAAAAAGGGUUACCGGGGCGACCUGGUCUCUCUGGACGAGAUGGCUUCCCUGGGCAGCAAGGUAUUAAAGGAGAUAUGGGAAUGAUUGGGACACCGGGGAUACCUGGGAAGCCGGGAACACCUGGCGGUCCAGGCACACCUGGUCCAAGAGGUGAGUCUGGGAGCUCUGGGCCCAGGGGAGAAUUUGGUGUGCCUGGGCCUCAGGGACAGACAGGAGAACCAGGUCUUGAGGGUCCGCCAGGCAACAUUACCAUGAACGAAAUGGAGCAUAUGAAGGGAGAGAAGGGUGAUCUCGGAGACCAAGGUAGACCUGGUGUAUCUGGAGAUAAAGGCUACCGAGGAGUGCACGGGGACCCUGGACUUGCAGGAAAGGAUGGAGAGCCUGGUUUACCUGGAAACCAAGGUGAGAAAGGUGAUUCUGGCGUACCUGGAGAACCAGGAUCAACUGGAGAACCUGGACCACAGGGUGGUAUGGGAGCUAUGGGAUUGCCAGGUUCGUCUGGGCCAAAGGGUGCCAAAGGUGUGACUGGUACCCCUGGGCACCAUGGCUUUAAAGGAACAGAGGGAGUGAAAGGUGAUUCGGGUGAACCCGGGUUGCCAGGCAUAGGCAUUCCUGGACAACCUGGAGAAAAGGGUGCAAGUGGCUUGCCAGGACACGAAGGCCCUUCUGGUGGCAAAGGACAGAAGGGUGGUGAGGGACAACCAGGAAUGCCGGGAAUACCUGGAGAAAAGGGAGACCUAGGACGAAUUGGCUAUCCAGGCAGUCCCGGGCGACCUGGAGAGAAGGGUAUUGGAGGGUUGCCAGGGACACCUGGAGAACCUGGCCUUUCAGGACGACCAGGUGACCCAGGUUUGGAAGGUCCCCCAGGGGGCAAAGGGGACAAAGGUCAACCUGGUACGGAUGGAUUUCCAGGAUCAUCAGGAGAGAGAGGAGACCCGGGUAUUGCAGGCAAAGGCCAGCCAGGACAUCCCGGGGAAUUUGGCCCCAAAGGUGACAUCGGCAUUCCCGGACUUCCAGGAACACCUGGCAUGUCUGGAGUCCCAGGUAUCAAAGGUGACAAAGGACUUGCAGGUGACCUAGGGAAACCAGGACAGCCAGGAGACAGGGGCCUACCUGGAUCCUCUAUGGAAGGGCCCAAAGGAAACCAAGGAACCCCUGGGGUGACAGGAGAAUCAGGUUCUGUUGGUGCCCCAGGUCUGCCUGGUGUUCCUGGCACCGUUGGUUCCAGGGGAGAUAAGGGAGAUCAGGGAUUCACAGGACCACAAGGAACCCAGGGCUACAAGGGAGACAAAGGUCCACCAGGAAUUCCCGGUGAGCCUGGUCUUCCAGGUUACGGUGGAAUUAAAGGAGAGAUGGGCAUUCAGGGCUUCCCUGGCUUCUCAGGCCUCAAGGGCGAGCCUGGUGGUGGUGGUCUGUCAGGAGAGACUGGAGACAGAGGAUUCCCUGGUCUUAAAGGUAAUGAUGGACCCCCGGGACCUUCUGGCGGUCACACAUUCAUUAAAGGAGACAUUGGACUCAUAGGCCAACCAGGACCCCAAGGACCUGCUGGACCUCAAGGGUACCCAGGACCAAAGGGACUACACGGUGUUACUGGACAACAGGGUCUUAAAGGUGAUGAGGGCACACCUGGGUAUAAUGGCCAUGCAGGAGCCAAAGGAGAGCGUGGUCAAAAUGGACUCACAGGACCCAGAGGAUUACCCGGACCCCCUGGUCCCGAUGGCGUACCUGGUCAGGUAGGCCCCCCUGGCCCCUCUUCUAUGAACCACGGCUUCCUGGUGACGCGUCACAGCCAAUCGGUGGAGAUCCCCCAGUGUCCGUACGGCACAACUAUGAUCUUCGACGGCUACUCUCUGCUCUACAUCCAAGGCAAUGAGAGAUCCCAUGGACAGGACUUGGGUACUGCUGGGAGUUGCCUGAGGAAGUUCAGCCCCAUGCCUUUCCUCUUUUGCAACAUCAACAACGUCUGCAACUUUGCCUCUCGGAACGACUACUCCUUCUGGCUGACCUCUCCGGAGCCCAUGCCCAUGAGUAUGGCCCCGGUCACCGGACAGAACAUCAAGCCCUUCAUUAGCAGAUGUGCGGUGUGUGAAGCUCCUGCCAUGGUAAUCGCUGUGCACAGUCAGACCAUCAUGAUUCCUUCCUGCCCGUCAGGCUGGGACUCGCUGUGGAUUGGCUACUCCUUUGUCAUGCACACCAGCUCAGGAGCUGAGGGAUCGGGUCAGGCUCUGGCCUCUCCUGGUUCGUGUUUAGAGGAGUUCCGCUCCGCCACCUUCAUGGAGUGCCACGGCCGCGGCUCCUGCAACUACUACAGCAACUCCUACAGCUUCUGGCUCGCCACCAUCGAGGACGAGGAGAUGUUUGAGAAACCCAACCCUGCGACCCUGAAGGCAGGAGAGCUGCGCACGCACGUCAGCAGGUGUCAGGUGUGCAUGAAGAGAACAUAAACUCCUGGCGUCGACGUGAACAACGCUGUCCACCGUCACCUCCGUCCCCUGGGCUUUUAUUUCCUUUUGGUCGACAUAUGAUUUUAGUUCUUACAAGAUAAGAGUCAUCACACACACAGACACACACACACAAGUACACUCACAGACAGGAUGGUGCUAUUUUUCUUCCUUCACAAGGGGGAUGGACAGAUCAAAAGGAAAGAGAACAAGAGAAACGGAGGCACGGCACAGUGCAUCUCCUCUCCUCGUCAGGACAAGAAGAAAAAACGAUAAGAUAUAUAUAACCAGCUGGUCUCCUUCUCCCCCCCCCGCCUCCUCUGCUCAAUACAGAACAUUCUAACUAACAUUGCCGCCCACGACAGUCGCAUCCUUUAGAGUGGAGCCCCUUUACGUCUGCACUGAGUCCACCCCCCAAUGUUAAACGGGCCACUCAGAGGAGUCCGGAGUCGAGUCAGGUGCAAUCGAUGAUGAGCAUAAUUAGCCUUUAUCUCACUAGUGCAUUCUUUAGUUUUGUUUUUGUUAUAAAAAUAAGAAAAAAAAACUCAUGCCACUUAAAAUUUCACCAACAGGUAUUGUGUUGCUUUUUUCUCAAUCUUUUGUAUUGUCUGUUUUUUUGUCAUAUUUUUUAACAUAUGUAGCCGGUUUUGGUAACAGAAGUUGAGCAAUUUCUUUCCAUUUUCACCAUAAGAUAUAGUUUGUUGGUCGCCAGCACUAGUACAGAGUGAACGUCUACGCUUUGUUGUAAAUAUACUGCUUCUUUAGUACUUAACACCAUGCCACUGUAUUCUAUUCAGGUAAUUGCAAUAAUUUGUGUGUAUUUUUAUUUAUAAAACAUCUUGAACUUAUAUUGAGACCAAGUGGGAUUGAUAAGCAAUAGGUGAAUGGUGGACCGAAUGUGUCCCCCUUCUACCCCUUUUUGUUGUGGUCCCCCACUUCCCCUCCCCCUCCCCCUCCCCCUCCCCCUCCCCGUCCCCGUCCCCAUCCCCGUUCCCUCACUGACUGUCUACAGACUGGUUGGUGGUGGUGGUGAAUCAGCAGCUAGCGUUCGGCUCUGUGUGCUGUUGGGUGCAUGCGCGGUGCUUGCCGGCCAUCAUGUCUACAGCCUCACCUGUUGGUGCUGGGCCAUGCUGGGAACAGAGAGUAGGGGUGCCAACAAAACAUGUUUUUGUUUGUGCAAAAUGUACACACGCUCGUGUUUGGCAGGGUGAUAGGGCAUGUUGCUGGUCUCCUGUGGCCUUGUGUGUGUGUGUCUGAGUGUGUGUUUGUGUGUGUAGCUGGUAGCCAUAGGUGUGUGUUACUCACACGGCUCCAGAGGGUCUCAGCUGUGUUUAAUGUUGCAACAGUAACUGUCACUUGCUAAAUGUUUAUAGCCACAGCCCAUUGCUUCCUACUCUCCCUGUUUUUCCAGUGUUGGACUCUGAAGUCAUCCAAAGUACUCUGCCAAAGAGAGAUACACACUCAUGUAUGUAAACCUACGCCCGGUUGUUACACUGAUAAUACUUGACUAUGCGAAGAAUGCCUAAUGGAAGUCUAUAGCUCUCAACACAUAAUUACAAAACCUUUGUUUAUAAUUGUAAUUGCAGCUCGUUAGCUAGUAAGUGCAGGUAGACACAUAGCUGCCUAGGCGGAUUUGCAUUGUAUCACCUCUCACUUAACCUGCUCAUUCAAGACAAAAAAAGCCAUACAAUAGAAAGAGCAGCACAUUUUACAUCCAGUGUAUGUUCCAGCUUUCUCAGGAUUUGCACCACUGUAUGUGCUGGUGGACAGACACCCUCCUGUAGACACACACACACACAAACACACACACACACAGACACAGACACACACACACACUGACACACACACUGACUCUGCCCUCCCAUCCAUUCCACUUCAAAAGUAUAGAAUAUUGAAGUCAGUGGUAACCUAAUGACCAGGCUGUGUUGUAGUAUUUUCCCCUCUGUCACGUAACGUCUCGCUGACCUCAUUUAGGGUUUUUUGCUACUGCCACUAUUUCUGUGUCCGCGCGUUUGGCCUGCUUGUUAUCGUAUGACAGGCUGAACUCUCUGAUGAGCCACUUGAGAGAUCAUUACAAUUCUCAGACGUUGGUCCCUUAAGUGCCUUGACUAACCACACCAAAACAGUUUUUUCCCCUCCCACUCUUAUCACUUCCCAUUUCCAUAUUGUCAGUAAGUCAAUAAAUAAAAUGAUUUGUAUAAAUGG